UGGUGUGCAGUUGUUUCGUAAAUGGCGUCGUGCGUGCAGCACGUUGGGGCAGAGCGCGCGUGAAAAUCGUUCACCAUUUGCGAACGACGCAUCGAAUAUCUCCACAAUCACGAGUAAAACGUUCAGUGUUAAAUUCUCUAUCAUCCAGUGUUGGUUUCACUCGAGCAGCGGGCCAACCAACGACAGAAAACGUAUUGAGAAAUCCGCCAGGCAUCAUUAAACACUUAUAACGAUGGAUAACAAUGAUGAAUCAUCCGGUUCAGACUUUGAUGAGGAUGAGGAUCCUGAUAAAAUUCAAGUUCCAGGAGGUGGGAAGACACUGGCUGCAGCUGCAGGCCUGCCAGAGCCUAAACAAGAAGUUAAGCCAGUGCUCACUCAACAGCAGAUCAAUUUGAACAAGAUGGGAGGAAUGGGUGCGAAUCGCAGCAUGGCGAGUCUUGCGAAAAUGCAGGGAAUGGGGGAUAUGUUGUCCUGGCCCAAGGGGCAGAUGAACAUACAAAAUAUGGGUUUAGGUAACAUAGGCUCAACACCGUACAACAUGGGCGGUGUAUCAGCAAUGGCGAACAUGCUGAACGGCCUUGGGCCAAUGAAUCUCGCCAAUAUGUUCACCAGCGGCGCUGCAGGUGGCGGUGGCGGCGUAGCUACGUGCACGACACCUGCUACGGCACCAACUCCAGGCAACCAGACGAACACCUCACCGGGCAUCGGUGCUGGGUUUAAUGCUGCACAAUUCAUGCAGCAAAUGGAGCUGGCAACAAUGGAAAUGAACAACCAGUACAUGCAGAACCCUUUCUGGAACCAACUCUCAUCACUCCUCUACUCACAGGGCGGCCCCAACGCACCAAACAUGCCCGGUCAUUGGGGCACCCACCAACUAAGCAACAAAACCGUAGCUUCUAUGUGGAUGAACGCAGAUCCAGCGAAAUUCGCCGGUAUGAUGAUGCCCACACCACAACAACAAGAAGAGGAAGAAGUAGACGAAGAAGAAAUGGGCGUUGCUGAAACCUACGAGGAUUACAUGCCAAGUAAACUCAAACUUGGGCGGAAACAUCCCGAUCAAGUCGUGGAAACCGCCUCACUCAGCAGUGUAGCACCCGCUGACGUCUGGUAUAAAUUAUCUUUACCAGAAGAAACAAUCAAAGGCGGCCAUUUAUCCGCUCUACAACUGGAAAGUAUAACUUACGCGUCGCAAUCACACGAACACAUCUUACCGGAUGGUUCACGCGCAGGGUUUCUCAUUGGAGAUGGCGCUGGCGUCGGUAAAGGCCGAACAAUCGCCGGGGUGAUAUAUGAGAAUUACCUCAAAGGUAGAAAGCGCGCCAUCUGGGUGUCAGUGUCCAAUGAUCUGAAAUACGACGCUGAGCGUGACUUGAAAGACAUAGGCGCUGGUAAAGUCGAAGUACACGCGUUGAAUAAAUUCAAAUACGCGAAGAUCUCAUCAGCCAUUAAUGGCAACGUUAAGAAAGGUGUUAUAUUUUCUACUUACUCUGCGUUAAUAGGUGAAAGCAGUUCGGCGGGUGGAAAAUACAAAACCCGCUUGAAGCAGUUACUCCAAUGGUGCGGCGCUGAUUUCGACGGGUUGAUUAUCUUCGAUGAAUGCCAUCGCGCGAAGAAUCUCUGCCCAGUCGGAUCAUCAAAACCCACAAAAACAGGUUUGACUGUUUUAGAGAUACAGAAUAAGUUGCCUAAGGCGAGAGUAGUGUAUGCUUCGGCUACAGGCGCAUCAGAACCACGCAACAUGGCGUACAUGGUCCGCCUGGGUAUGUGGGGUGAAGGCACGCCGUUUAAAGAAUUCGUUGAUUUUAUCACAGCGGUUGAGAAGCGCGGCGUAGGCGCGAUGGAAAUCGUCGCCAUGGAUAUGAAACUCCGCGGUAUGUAUAUCGCGAGACAAUUGAGUUUCAACGGUGUUACGUUUAAAAUCGAAGAGGUUCCACUACCGAAAGAGUUUGAGAAAGUAUACGAUGCUAGUGUUAAACUCUGGGUGGAAGCCAUGCAGAAGUUUCACGAAGCGGCGGAGUUGAUUGACGCAGCCGCGCGCAUGCGCAAAACAAUGUGGGGGCAGUUUUGGUCGUCGCAUCAGCGCUUUUUCAAGUAUCUGUGUAUAGCUGCGAAAGUGCCGCAUGCGGUUGCGGUGGCGCACGAAGCAAUCAAAUGCGGUAAAUGCGUUGUGAUUGGUCUGCAGAGCACAGGGGAAGCGCGCACGCUCGAACAGUUGGAGCGCGAUGAUGGCGAGCUGUCAGAUUUUGUCUCGACAGCUAAAGGUGUCAUUCAAACACUUGUCGAGAAACAUUUCCCUGCACCAGAUAGAAAUCGUAUACAACGGUUGUUGGGUUUAGACAGUGCUGGUAAUAUUACAGCGAAGAAAAACGGUGAGGAAUCUGCAAAAGACGCUGGGUCAUCAUCUUCGAAUAAAAGGAAGCCAAUGCGCCAAGCGGCAGCCAAAGCAAUCAAACGCAACAAGUGGAGUACAAGCGAUUCGGAGGAAUCUGUAAAUUCCGGUUCGGAUUUUAAACUAUCCGAUAACGAGAGUGAAAUAUCCGAGGAGCACUCAGACAGUGCGCCGAGUAGUGACUUUAACCCCUUCAACUCCGACUCGGAUAGUGAUAAUGAUCCAUGGAGUCGGAAUAAAAAGAAAAAGAAGAAAAAAGUCCCUAAAAAGCGGCCUUCGACACAAGAUAAAAUAUCCCUGCUGCUUGCGCAGAAGCAAGCAGCGAAGAAAACUGUCAAUGGCGGCGCCACAGCGACCGGAGUGACAUCUACAUUAGCUGUCAAUACGUACGCACCACCCAAAGACGCCAUUGAGAAAGCAUGCGCGAUGAAAGAGCAUUUACUGCAACAAAUCGAGCGGCUCGGGGAGAAAUUACCACCGAAUACCCUGGAUCAACUCAUUGAUGAACUCGGCGGGCCUGAAAAUGUCGCUGAGAUGACCGGUCGGAAAGGUCGCGUUGUCCAGACGGAAGAUGGCGGCAUACAAUAUGAAUCCCGGUCGGAGAAUGACGUCCCAUUGGAGACUCUUAAUUUAACCGAGAAACAACGGUUUAUGGAUGGGGAGAAAGACGUGGCGAUCAUAUCCGAAGCGGCGUCUUCGGGUAUUUCCCUGCAGAGUGAUCGUAGAGUACGAAAUCAACGCCGAAGAGUACAUAUUACACUAGAAUUACCCUGGUCUGCCGACAGGGCUAUCCAACAAUUUGGUCGGACACAUCGAUCGAAUCAGGUAAAUGCACCAGAGUAUAUGUUCCUUAUUAGUGACUUGGCCGGCGAGCGAAGAUUCGCCUCCAUUGUAGCCAAGCGAUUGGAAUCACUCGGUGCGUUGACACACGGUGACCGAAGAGCGACGGAAACACGCGAUCUGUCACAGUUCAACAUUGAUAAUAAAUAUGGCCGCACAGCGCUGGAGACUACAAUGAAGACAAUCAUGCGCUAUGAGAGUCCAUUAGUACCACCACCACAAGACUACAAAGGGGAUUUCUUCAAAGAUGUCGCUGGUGCGCUCGUAGGUGUCGGUUUGAUUGUCAAUAGCGAAGCCAUGCCCGGCGUGCUGUCCUUGGACAAGGACUAUAACAAUAUGUCAAAGUUCCUCAAUCGUAUUCUUGGCAUGCCCGUAGAUUUACAAAACAGACUGUUUAAGUACUUUACAGAUACACUAGCGGAGAUUAUUUCACAAGCGAAACGUUCGGGGCGUUUUGAUCUGGGUAUAUUAGAUCUUGGCGCUGGUGGGGAGAAUGUCAAACGUGUGAAAACCGUGACGUUUUUACGGAAACACGCGACGGGCACCGCGCCUACAGAGUUGCAUACCGUUCAGGUUGAACGCGGCAUGUCAUGGGAGGAAGCGCAUGAUAAAUGGUCGGAGUUACCGGGAACUAAAGAAGGUUUCUAUGUGUCGCAUCAAGUGCGUAAUGAUAAACACACAGCGAUACUUGCCGUUGCUGUUGUGACAGGCAAAAAGAAACCAGAGUCGAAAAAAGAGCAGAUGUUUUUGAUACAUCGCCCGAAUACGGGUUUGCAAUUCCGACAGCAGAAUUUGAUUGAGCUGGAGAAGAAGUACACGAAGGUGCAGCCGGAUGAAGCCGAAGAGGCGUGGAAAGCGCAGCACGAGGCGUCGACCACGACGUGUUCGCAUGCGUAUUGGAACGGCAAUUGUCGGAAUGCGAGUGACUGUGAGGUGGGGUUACGUCGACGGACGUAUCACGUGGUCUCCGGUUCGGUGUUGUCCGUGUGGAGUCGUGUCGAGGGUGUGCUCGCCACACGCAGCGCUGUGAACAAUAACAAGAUGCAGGUGAUUCGACUGCGGACUGAUGACGGGCUCAAAAUUGUCGGUACGCUGAUUCCAAAGAAUUGUGUGGAUGCAUUGACUGAGGCGUUGUCCAUGGACGCUGAAAAGGUCGAAGAGAAGACUUUUUAAGCGCGGCGCCGAUGCGAAGUUGUUAAAUUGAUGCGCAGCGCAUGCGCAUGUGUGACAUUGCAUUCAAGAUGGACGACGAUGCGACCAGAAACACAUAGGCUAGACUGAAACUUAUUUAAGCUGUGUUUUUGACGUGACAGGUGGUGAUUCGUGCGCGAACACAAGCGAAUCACGAGGCGACUUGUUGUGUACCAUGUUAAAUGUAUAAAUACAGGGUGUGUUCGAACUUCAUUUCACGCGCUGGCCAUGUUUGACAGAUCGUUUAUUUAUUUGCUCUCGUUCUUGCUGUACAUAGUUACUUUGGUUUAGUUUUAGUUUUAUUUUAAGACGUUUUGUAAUAUAGUCGUGUAUGAGAUGAGAAAAGCAACGCAAAUGAUGGUUUUCAUGCA